ACCUGACUAUGACGUCAUUUUCCCUCGACGCAGGAAGAAGGAAGACCUCUACGCCGGGUGUUUUCUGUCGUGACCACCGUAUUGGGUCGUCGGUCUCCCACGAACAGAAAAAUAUGUAUUACAAAUUCAGUGGUAUCACGCAGAAGCUCGCGGGGUCUUCUCCGUCAACGGCCUACGCCCCCCAGGGUUUGAGGCCGGCCGCGCCGGCCGAAUCCUCCUCCAUGAUCUUUGCCACCCCCACCAAAGUGGUGUCGGAAGCGGGGCCCGUGAUGGAGUACUUGGGGGCCAACAAGGUACCCGACUUGCAGAGGAUAUUCCAGACAUCUGACGGCAUCCCCGUUCACCUGAAGCGCGGCGUCCCCGACCGGCUGCUGUACCGCACCACCAUGGCCCUGACCGUAGGGGGCGCUCUCUACUGCCUGGUGGCGCUCUACAUCGCCGCCCAGCCCAGAAACAACAAGUGAGCGGCGCUCGCGAACCGGAUUCUCACUCGACACUUUUUUUUUGCCACGUUUCCCGCCAAACGGCCCGGUUCGGUACGGUUUAGAAUAGUAUGGCGACAAACUCCCAGAAAAUGACAUCGGGGGCCGUGUUAUUGACACGAGAAGACUGCCAAAAAUGGGACUGUACCAAAGGCGACCCGUACCGCUUAGCAGAACCGGCUUUUGAACUCGCCGCUCAGUAUGUCGACCCAACCCUGAGCCUCCAUUUUCCCCUCUGUGACACCUCUUGGAAAUGUCAAAAGUGAACAAUUUAUUUAGUACAAACCCCCCCCACAAAAAUGUCUAGUUUUCUUUUUUUCUAUGAAAAAGAUGAAACUCAAUAAAUUUGAAGGGAAAACAAAUCAA